AUGUCUGAAACAAGUACAUCCAGCUCCGCUAGUCCUUCAGCAGUGGAUAGUUUACCUUCAGACAUUUCCAAUGUUACCAGCUUCGGAGACAGCACCAACUGUAACAAUAUCGCUAUGCAGAGACCUUCAGGUCCACGUAAAAAUAGCGCUGAACGAAAUAUCAUUCACACUCGCAUGGAAGACACAGAUGUCUGUAAAGAAUAUGAAUAUGGGGAGAGUCUCGGUGAGGGCUCCUUUGGUAAAGUGUACCGGGCAAGGCACAUACAGAGUGGAGAAACUGUUGCCAUCAAGGAAAUUGUCAAGGAAAGGGCUGGCAGCUCCGGUCUCAGACAGCUGGAGAAAGAAGUGUCUAUAUUUAAGAAAGUUGACCACAGAAACAUUAUUAAAUUGAAGGAAGUUAUUGAAUCUUCAAAGAAAAUGUAUUUAAUUAUGGAGCUUUGCGAAGGCGGGGACCUGGCCAAAUUGUUGCAGAAGCAGUCCCAUCUUACAGAGGGCAAUACAAAAAUAGUGAUGUCAGAUCUUGCAGCAGCCAUCAAGUAUCUACAUCAACAAGGUGUCAUACACAGAGAUCUUAAACUUGAGAAUAUAUUACUGGCCGAGGAUCCGAGCAAGAAUGGCAAUAUAGUGAUUAAGGUGUCAGACUUUGGCUUGUCAACCCAGCAGAUAAACAAUUCUUAUGAAAACAUGCAGGAACAAUUCUGUGGGACACUCUCUUACAUGGCUCCAGAAAUGAACUCUACUUAUUCCUACCCUGUAGAUGUUUGGGCUAUGGGUAUAAUCAUGUAUUACUUACUGACUCGAUAUCCUAAGGACAAUGUAUUGAAUGAAUCAAUAGCAAAAGAUGGGCCACGGUUUGAGGAACCUCAGUGGAAAAGUAUUAGUGAUCAAGCCAAGGAUCUGCUGAAAGCAAUGCUGACAGUGAACCCAGCCUACAGACUGUCCUCGGGAGAAGUUCUCAACCAUGAGUGGUUCACGGGAAAGAAAAGAGAACAUGGAAAUGUUUUGGAAUUGAUGAAAGAUUUUGUGAGAGAACAAAAAGAACUAAGUGAUAAAGAAGAGUGUCUAGUAAAUGAAUCUGAGAAGCAGAAAAAAGAAACAGACCAUCCUUGUUCUUCAAGAGAUGUAAAAGCUGGAAAAAAAGAUCCUCGGAAAGGAUUAGGUGCCAAAACAGUCAGUACCGACACAGCACACAAAACAGCACCAUCAUCGUCAGGCACUGUGAGAAGUAAAUUGAGAUCUAGCAGUAGCAGCUCUCGCACAUCAACUUCCAGAGCAUCCCCUGCCAGGACUGCUCAAGAAGGAACUGGAAAGUCUUCACCAGCCACCUCUAAAACCACAUCUAACAACGUCAGAACACAAACUGGCAACUAUGGCCCUAUUGAUAAGCCACCUAAGAUUGCCACCCAGUCGAAGAUUAAGAAAAAAUGA